GCUGGACACCGGAACAUGGCGCGGUCGCCCGCUAGCGUCGGGUCGCAGGCGCCCGACUCCGACCGAGGGGAGGCAAACGUGGUGACGCGAGUGUCGCAGUGGGUGGACAACCAUCUGCGCCUUGUCCAGAACAUCAGCACUGGAAUGGCCAUAGCUGGGGUAAUGUUGCUAGUAAGAAGUGUUCGCCUGACAUCAAAAUUUACAACCCCUUCAGAGAUUCCAGUAGAAUUUAUAAGAAAGAGAGUGAAACUGCGUGGUCGAUUACGCCGGAUAACUGAGUGUGGUCUAGAAAUUGAGCAUAUUCCUGUUACUUUACCUCUUCUAUCUUCAUGGAAACACAAACCCUGUGAGGUUUUGCUGGUUAAGCUGGCUGGCGUAGAACUCACAGAAACGGGUAAGGUCUGGCUGCAGGAAGAGCUAAAGCCGUCCCAGCUGCUAUGGUUUCAGCUCCUUGGAAAGGAGAACGCGGCACUCUUCUGCUACCUCUUAGUGAACAGGGGUGGAUAUUUUAAUGUGAAUCUCAAUGAGGAGAUUCUGCGAAGAGGCUUAGGCAAAGCCGUUCUUGUCAGAGGCCUAACUCAUGACCCCAAAACCCACUGGAAAAUUCACCGAAACUUACUGAAAGCUGAAUUGACAGCCUUAAAGAAAGGAGAAGGAAUAUGGAGGGAAGAAUCUGAAAAAGCAAGUUAUUAUAGAAAACUCAAAGACUCCUGGAGAGAGAAAUGGCAAAAGGAGAAUCAUAUAAAAACAGCUGGACCAGAUGUGAACUUGGCCAAAGAAAGUUACUAUGGCAGGUUUCAGAGGACCUGUGGGAGCUGGAAGGAGACAGUGGGCAACUGCUCUUUAGUUCUGAGACUCAGAGAACUUGUGAGCCACCUACACCCUCGGAGAAAAGGGUGACACACACGUGAGGUCUAGAGGUGACCGCCUUGAAGAGGGAAAAGCGUGACCACUUUUCAUUGUGUAAAAAUGGGAACUUCUUCAAGUUAUCAAAAUUUCAGGCUAGUGGUAAUUAACAAAAACAUUGUUAACAUCAGGAUCAAUUUGAAUGAAUUACAACCAAUGUAAUAUACUUUUACGAAGGAAAGACACUA